AAGGGUUGGAAAAAGAAACCAGUGAGUGGCUAGGACCACCUACUCCGCCGUUUUGCCUCGGAAAAGCCUGGCCGGCUGCCGGCAGGUGGAAGUCUGGAGAAAAGGGAGGAAAAGAGGGCAGGUGGCUGUCCACAACUGAAAACUACACAUCCCAGCACGCCCCGCGGCAGACGACUACGGGUCCCAGCAGGUUCGCGGGGUAGAUCGAAGGGGAGUCUCUUGGGCCCUGUAGCCGGGGUUCUGCCAGAGGGGGCGCCGGGCGUACCGAGGUAGCGGGGAGAAGCGGGUCGAGCUUUAACGGCGCUGCGCAGACGCCACUCACGGGCCGGACGUGACGCAGGGAAAGUUCCGGCUUCGGCCUCCGCCGCUGCCGUCGCCGCUUCUACCGCCGCCGCCGCUGCUGUUGCCGCGGCUUGUUAUUCCUAAAAUGGCGCCGCUAGACCUGGACAAGUAUGUGGAGAUAGCGCGGCUGUGCAAGUACCUGCCAGAGAACGACCUGAAGCGGCUAUGUGACUAUGUUUGUGACCUCCUCUUAGAAGAGUCAAAUGUUCAGCCAGUAUCAACACCAGUAACAGUGUGUGGAGAUAUACAUGGACAGUUUUAUGACCUUUGUGAACUGUUCAGAACUGGAGGUCAGGUUCCUGACACAAACUACAUAUUUAUGGGUGAUUUUGUAGACAGAGGUUACUAUAGCUUGGAGACCUUCACUUACCUUCUUGCAUUAAAGGCUAAAUGGCCUGAUCGUAUUACACUUUUGCGAGGAAAUCAUGAGAGUAGACAGAUAACACAGGUCUAUGGAUUUUAUGAUGAGUGCCAAACCAAAUAUGGAAAUGCUAAUGCCUGGAGAUACUGUACCAAAGUUUUUGACAUGCUCACAGUAGCAGCUUUAAUAGAUGAGCAGAUUUUGUGUGUCCAUGGUGGUUUAUCUCCUGAUAUCAAAACACUGGAUCAAAUUCGAACCAUCGAACGGAAUCAGGAAAUUCCUCAUAAAGGAGCAUUUUGUGAUCUGGUUUGGUCAGAUCCUGAAGAUGUGGAUACUUGGGCUAUCAGUCCGCGAGGAGCAGGUUGGCUUUUUGGAGCAAAGGUCACAAAUGAGUUUGUUCAUAUCAACAACUUAAAACUCAUCUGCAGAGCACAUCAACUAGUGCACGAAGGCUAUAAAUUUAUGUUUGAUGAGAAGCUGGUGACAGUAUGGUCUGCUCCUAAUUACUGCUAUCGUUGUGGAAAUAUUGCUUCGAUCAUGGUCUUCAAAGAUGUAAAUACAAGAGAACCAAAGUUAUUCCGGGCAGUUCCAGAUUCAGAACGUGUUAUUCCUCCCAGAACGACAACGCCGUAUUUCCUUUGAGGCCUUCGCCCAUCCUGCUGACCCAUUUUUCUGCCCUCUUCUUACCCCAAUUUUCUUGUAUUACCUUCUACAAUAUACUUUUUAUUGAGCACUUUGCUGCUGAAAUGCUGCCUCUUGCCUUUUUUUUUUUUUUAAAUUUUAAAUUAUCUAAAUUUAUUGUUUGUUGUGGUGUCUAUAGCAAAGUUUUUCUAUCAAUUUUCCCGCCAUCCCAUCCCCACCCUGGACUCAUUUGAGAAGACUUGAGAAAUGUCUUCAUACUCACACUGCUGCAUGUAGCUCUUGCUUAUUUACUGGUCUGGGAAACAGGAUGUGUUUCCUUUUUUUAAAAGCCAAUUGACAGAUUACACCUAAAUACUCCUCCUUUUUGUAUCAUUCAGCCUUUUGUUUUAGUUUGGUAAGUUUUAAGAAAUUUCAGCAGCAAAGUUGUUAUUCAGUGGGCAUGAUGGACUCCAAAUGCCUCAAGUUAUGUAUACCUGUCCCAGAUGUAAACUUCAUUGUCCUUUGUUGGAUGAUAUUUUAAAUGGAUAUAAAAUAAAUUGGUCUAAAGGGCUGCCCUCCUUGUUGUGUUUUUAAAUUUUAGUUAAAAACUGCUACAGCUUAUGACUUUGUACAUUAAGAUAAUUGUAUUGAUCUUUUUUCAGAUUCCUUGUAUUUUUAAUAAAGUAAUCUUAAAUAAAAGAUAGGUUAAGUGUUAGAAAUUUUAAACAGCUUACAUUGUUAGUGUAAAGUUAUCUUUUCUUUUUUCCUAAUCAGAGUUCUUGACCCUUUGGUUAUUGAGUUUAAAACUUCAAUUGAAAUUCAAUAGUAUUUAUUUUUUAAAAAAAUCACUAAACUGUGCCUAAAGAACAUAACUGCCAUAUUAAUGUUUUGGUUUAUAUCCUCUAUAGUAAUAGAAAAACAUUUAAUACUUGUAAUGCUGAUGUGUUAAUUUGAUACCAGUUGAGUAGAAUGUGAUCAAUCCAGUUUACAAUCUAUCAUGAGUAUUAUUAACUAAAAUCUAUGUACUUUUCAAUAGGAAUCAUUCUUCUCUUGCUGUAACACUUGACCUUAACUUUUAGAAAGUGUUCAUUUUUAAACUGCAACUGGAAAGGUUGAAAAGUCAGGACUCUUGUAUUUGUGAACUGUAAUCUGAAGCAGAUUAUUUAAAGUGUAGAAAAAGAAACAAGUUCUUUUUUGCAAAGAUCUGUGAUUCCAUAUUUCAGCUUUGUGUAAGUAAUUUGAAUAUCCAAAGGGUUGUGAUGAUCAGUUCUUAAUAUGCAACUGUCCACUUAAUAAGGACAAGUAUUCCAGUAUCUCUUAUGACUGUAGUCAUAAAUGAUGUUGGAAUGCACCAUUUUGUGAAAUAGUUGGUAUCCCUUUACUAUAAUUAAUUUUUGUCAUUCCGGGAAAUAUUUGUGAAGCCAGCCAAUUAAUAAAGCACUUUAGCAUCUGUUCAGGUAGUUUUGAAAACAAACUUUUCCCCUUCAGGAUAAGAACUUCCAGGUUACCUAAAAAUGCAAUAAAAAUCUUUAUAGUCUAAGCUUCUUGGCAUAUAAUUUUUCAUCAGGGUUUUCUUUUACUAAAUGAGCACAAUACUGUUUUGAUUUUAUUUUUUUCCCUCAAACCACCAGCUCCUUACAUAGUUUUUAAUUAUAUAGCUAUAUGAAAGAGGUGGCUAAGACAUUUGCUGCACACACUUGAACUAAUGUUGGGUCAGUAACUUCGUGUUACUGCCCUGACACCAGUGUAAUUCAGGUGGAAAGGUAUUUUUAUCUUACAGGGAUAUGUAGCUAUGUAUUUUACUAAUUGUGAAACACUGGAAAUUAAUGAUGCAGACAACUUGGUGUGGUCUUUGAACAGCUCUCUGCAGUAUUUUUUUUUUUUUUCAUUUCCUGUUACCAUAUAUUGUAUUUAAGUGCUCGCUUUCUACUUAAGUUGUACCAAUAGAACCGGUAACUCCCAGCCCUCCCUGUUUGACACUCCUUAGCUUAGAUUGAUGUAGUUGUUUUUGUUAUCCCUAUAAUGUGACUUUUAUUUUUAAGUCAUCGUGUACUGCAUUUGUUUGUCACUAGUUGGGCACGUGCCAAUAAUAUUCUCUCCAUUCCUUAACUGCCAUCUCUGUUUUGCCUGAUUUCUCUUCAACUGAAUAAUGGCUUUUUGCAUGGAAAAAAUAGUUUUUACUAUUAGAUGGGUAAAGGGAAGAGAGAGCUAAUGUAUUGGACUUUGUGAGCCUACAAGGAAUAUUUUGGAUCCCUCCAAUAAAUAAGGGCUAUGUACUAUAUGUACUAUAUAGAGUAAUCAUGUGGUGGAAGAUACUUGCAAGUCAUAGAUUUAUGGGCAGGAGGAUUUGUUACUCCCUGUAUCUAGGCUGAAUGUAAAAUCCCUUAUGUUGUAUCAAUGGGGGUAAGAACUAUUUUUAUUUGCCUAUGAUAUACUUGGUUUCUAAUAAAGUGCCCUAGGCUCUAGUGAGAACUGUCUACUUUGAAUUGCCAUUUACUCCCUUUCCUCAUUUGGCCGAUAUGCUCUUGGCUAGCUUUUUAUAAGUUAAUGUGUUUCCCUAAAAAGUUUCACUACUUUAUUUGAGUGUGAUCCUAAAAUGCCUGGAUCAAUAGUAUAUCUCAUAUGCAACUUGCAUCAGCUCCUAUUCUGUCUGGAUGUCUAGAACUGUUGGAAGAUUUUGACGUGUUAAGUCCUAGGUUUUGCUUUGGGAAAUAAGGUUUGAAAUAUUGUUCAUUGCAUUAAGAUUUGUGUGUGUUUGCUUUGUAAGCCCAGCACCAGGUUUUGGAAAAUGCCUGUACUGUGAAAGUAAAUCAGGACUCUUUCUGAGCCUCUUUCAUUGUCAGAAAUAGAAUUGCUUUCCAUCAGCUUCCAGGAAAUUGUGUAUCUGAAGUCGAAGAGAUUUAACAGCAAGAAUCCAGAUUUUUAAAUGUAAUUGUUUUUUAAAUGCUAAUGUUUGUAAAGCACCUUCAGUUCUUCGGAUGAAAGGUGCUAUAUUCCCUCAGUGUAAAUUAAUAAAAAGAUUAUAGGAAGUUUGUCAAAAAA